AGUUUCCAGAAAAUAUCAUUGAAGAUCUCAAAAAGAUUGUAGCUUCCUUAUCUUAUUAUUAUUUUUCAGAGAAGACCCAGGUUUUUUUUAAUCCUUUGAAGAACAGGUAAACGAAAUCAGAAAAUCCAUAUCUUUUUUGGGUUCUUUUGGAUAUUGAAGUUUCCAUCUUUAAACUCCAAAAAAAGAUCUGAUUUUUAUCAUUGUUUUUGCCCAUUUUCAAGGGGAAAGCUAUUAUUGUCUUCUUGUUUCCCUAUCUAUUGAUGGGUGGGGAAGAGGGUGCAAGCACCAGCUCUAUCAAAACCAAUCCAAAACUAACACUAUUGCCACUCAUAGCUUUGAUAUUCUAUGAGGUAUCUGGUGGUCCUUUUGGUAUAGAAGAUUCAGUAAGGGCAGGGGGUGGCCCUCUUUUGUCUUUGCUUGGUUUCAUGGUUUUCCCCUUGUUUUGGAGCAUCCCAGAGGCUCUAAUCACAGCUGAGCUUGCUACAAGUUUCCCUGAAAAUGGUGGAUAUGUUAUUUGGAUAUCUUCAGCUUUUGGUCCUUUUUGGGGUUUCCAAGAAGGUUUUUGGAAAUGGUUUAGUGGUGUAAUGGACAAUGCUUUAUACCCUGUUUUGUUCCUCGAUUACUUGAAACAUUCAUUUCCCAUAUUUAACACCAUGAUUGCUAGGAUUCCAGCUUUUUUAGGGAUCACAAUUUCAUUAACAUAUUUGAACUAUAGAGGGCUACACAUUGUGGGAGUUUCAGCUGUUUCACUUGCUGGUUUCUCACUUUUGCCUUUCCUUGUAAUGGGGGUGAUUUCAAUACCUAGGAUAAAGCCUAAACAAUGGCUUGUUGUGGAUUUUAACAAGGUGGAUUGGAGGGGUUACUUUAAUAGUAUGUUUUGGAAUCUGAAUUAUUGGGAUAAGGCAAGUACUCUUGCGGGGGAGGUUGAAAAUCCGAGUAAGACGUUCCCGAAAGCGCUUCUCGGGGCGGUGGUUUUGGUGGUUUGUUCGUACUUGAUUCCGCUUUUGGCCGGGACAGGGACUUUGAAUUCUCCUUCUAGUGAAUGGACUGAUGGGUAUUUUUCUGAUGUUGGGAUGUUAAUAGGAGGGCUUUGGCUGAAAUGGUGGAUUCAAGCAGCUGCUGCAAUGUCUAAUUUGGGGUUGUUUGAAGCUGAAAUGAGUGCAGAUGCUUUUCAACUGCUAGGAAUGAGUGAGAUGGGAAUGCUCCCAGCCAUCUUUGCUUCAAGGUCAAAGUAUGGGACACCAACGUUCAGCAUAUUGUGCUCAGCCACUGGAGUUAUUUUCUUGUCAUGGAUGAGUUUCCAGGAAAUUCUGGAAUUCCUGAAUUUCCUUUACUCAAUUGGAAUGCUUCUCGAAUUUGCUGCUUUCAUAAAACUGAGAAUCAAAAAACCAGAUCUACAUAGACCUUACAGGGUCCCUUUGGAAACAUUUGGUGUAACAAUGCUUUGCUUGCCACCUGCAUUGUUACUUGUUCUUGUCAUGUGCCUAGCUUCUGCAACAACAUUCAUUGUAAGUGGUAUAGUUAUUAUCAUUGGGAUCUUAAUGUACCCUGUUUUAGUUCAUGCAAAGGAUAGGAAAUGGACCCAGUUUGAUGAUAUAGAACAACUGGUGGUGCCUUUAGAUAAUCUGGACACACCCCGACCGAAACAAGAAGUUUCGGAUGAGGCCUCGGUUAGUCUUCUUCCAGAUUUAACAUCACCGGGGAUUAACCAAGAAGUCUCAGAAACUUCACCUGAUGCAACUCAAAACUAGAGUAGGAUCUCUCUUUUUCAUACUUAUGUACUAUAAUUCAUGAUUUUCCACUGAUUAUUAGUUGUAAUAAUGCAUAUUUUUCAUCAAUGGAAUGUACACAACGAUACCGAAUGCAUCCGAA